AUGGGUGUCUUUCAGGAUGCGGCGGGGCCGCUGCUCGAGCAGUACUCGCAGCUGGGCAUGGCCACGCAGAUUGGUGUUGGCGUCGUGGCAGCGCUCACCGUGAUUGUGUUUCUGAACGUCGUUCAGCAGAUUCUGUUCAAGAAUCCCCAUGAGCCACCAAUGGUCUUCCACCUGUUCCCAAUCAUCGGUAGCACGAUCACAUACGGCAUGGAUCCUCCGCGCUUCUUCAAGGAGAACCGGGCCAAGCAUGGUGAUGUGUACACUUUCGUCCUGCUCGGCCGCAAGACCACGGUGUUCGUUGGGCCGACUGGCAACGAUUUUAUUCUCAACGGGAAGAUCCGCGAUGUGAGCGCUGAGGAGAUCUACACCGUGCUCACGACGCCCGUGUUCGGCCGCGACGUGGUGUACGACUGCCCCAACUCCAAGCUCAUGGAGCAGAAGAAGUUCAUGAAGUUCGCCCUGACGACUGAGGCAUUCCGCUCCUACGUGCCCAUCAUCUGGGAAGAGGUCAAGAGCUACUACAAGCGCACUGCGGACUUCAAGGGGCAGUCGGGCGGGGUCAACAUCCCGCCCAAGAUGGCGCAGAUCACCAUCUUCACGGCAUCGCACGCACUGCAAGGCAAAGAGGUCCGCAACCAGUUUGACGAGUCGCUGGCAGACCUGUAUCACGACCUGGACAUGGGCUUCAGCCCGAUCAACUUCAUGCUUCACUGGGCACCGCUGCCUUGGAACAACCGGCGCGACCAUGCGCAGCGCACGGUGGCCAAGAUCUACACGGACACGAUCAAGAGUCGGCGGGCAAGGGGCGAGACGAGCGCGCAAGAUAUCAUGUUCCACCUGAUGAACUCCACGUACAAGAACGGCACUCCGGUUCCGGACCACGAAAUUGCGCACAUGAUGAUCGCGCUGCUGAUGGCAGGCCAGCACUCAUCGUCGUCGACCAGCUCUUGGAUCAUGGUUCUGCUAGCAUCGCGGCCCGACGUCAUGGAGGACCUGUACAAGGAGCAGGUGCAGGCUCUCGGCGCAGACUUGCCGCCGCUGCAGUACGAGCAUCUGGCUAAGCUGCCGCUGCACGGCGCCAUCGUCAAGGAGACCCUCCGGCUGUACGCCCCCAUCCACUCGAUCAUGCGCAAGGUCAAGCAGCCGAUGGCGGUGCCUGGAACCAACGACCCGGUCUACUUCCCCAACCCGGACCUGUGGGACCCGUACCGGUGGACGAAGGACUCGCCCAAUGCGCCGAAUCUUGGCCGCCCCGAGGAGGAGGACGACGAGAAGAUCGACUAUGGCUACGGUUUGGUCAGCAAGGGCUCCGCGUCGCCGUAUCUGCCAUUUGGUGCCGGCCGUCAUCGGUGCAUUGGCGAGCAGUUUGCCAACGUGCAGCUGCAGACCAUCAUCGCCGAGACUGUGCGGAUGUUCAAGUUCCGUAAUGUCGAUGGCAGCAACAGUGUCAUUGGCACUGAUUAUGCCUCGCUCUUUUCGCGGCCGCUGGAGCCUGCUGUGAUCCACUGGGAGCGUCGCGAGCAGGUCGCGCAGUAA